AUGAAAUUUUUAUAUUCAAUUUUUCAAAAAAAUAAAACCAAUAAUGUUGAAACAAAUAUUGGAAAUGACAUUUUACCAAGUUUAAAAUUUCAAGAAUCAUUUGAUGAACUACCAAAUCAAAGACCAAGAAGUAAUUCAAGAAAGUUAAGUUUUAUGAGAAAGAGUAAGAAUUUAUUACAAUUGGAGAAUGAUGAAUUAAAGAAAAGAUUAAAUGUAGCAGAAGAAAAGUAUGAUAGACUUAAAAAGUAUUAUUUUGAAAUUAAAUUAAAAGAAACCAUUACCAAAUUGGAUGAAUUCAUGUUAAGAGAUUUCAAUGAACACUAUGGUACAACUUUUAAAAACAUGGCUGAAGUUUUAUCAAAUGAAAGUAACCACGAGGCACUAUAUCAAAAGUUUUCAAAAAAACAAAUUCUAAUGUUGAAAUACUUGAAAAGAAAAGCCAUAACAUCUCUACAAUUACCACAUGUUGUUAAAUUUGAUAUGUCAAUCAGUAUGAGUGUUAAACCAUUCUCAACAAUGAAUAGUAGUGAUUUGGAAACUGUUAAACAAUUAUUUGAUCUUUUAGAAAAGUAUAAUCAAAAUAAUCAUGCUUUUAUAUAUUAA